UACGAUUCCUGCUGGAGCGGGCCGGCAAAGGGUCUCAGUUCGUGAAACGGCGAACACUGCGACAGCCAUGCUGCUCAUUAUUACUUUACUCAGAGUUGCCUGACAAAGCUGGGUCGGUCCUUGCAAGUGCGCUCCCGCGGGUCCAGGUACAAUACCUCCAUUAUGCCAACCCACAAUCGCAAGCCGUCCGGUGGACGACAACAGCAACAACAACAACAACAACAACAACAACAGCAACCACAACACCAUUCCAAGCACGCAUCACAGACCACAUCUCCCGCGAAGCACCAGCGCACAAACACCGCGCCGGCGGCCCCCAGCUUAUUGCGACUUCCCUCGACCAGCAGCAGCACCGCCGCGUCUGCGUCUCCACGCCGUCGGCGAGCGACGAACCCCUCCACACCCAGCAACCUGACACCGAGCCAAGUUUCAACGUCGUCCGCGACCUCGAACUCUUACUUUUCCCCACAGCCCACCGCGCCUGGCAAGGAACCCCGCUCGCCAGCAUCCAGACGACCGCCCGCGUCCUUCUCCGGCCAUGGCAUAGACACCUCGCGUGGCCCGCCCAUCGCCCUCAUCACUCGCGGCUCUGCAGACAUCGUGCGCCGAUCGCAGAAACCGCCCCCCGACUUCGCAUUUGCACAGCAGCAGCUCCUGCAGUUCGGCUUAGUCUCACCAGGUGGCACUUCAUACAACUCGGGAGGGAACAGAGGACGCAAGGACGCACCCGGAGACUCAGCUGAAUCUCCACAAAUACAAACACAAACACCAAAUCUGUCGCGCGAAAAUUCCUCGAGGACGUCACGACGCGAUCGGAACAUGGCAAGCUCGGUGGAAGACUCGUCCGAGUACGACUCCGGCCUGCGCAGCCAGUCUGAAGACUUACACGGGACGCACUUUCAGCCUCCUAGCUCGGGCACGGAUGGGGAGCACGGCGAGGACCUUUUCUUGAAUAUUGCAGAGGACAGUCCCCCAAAAGAGAGCGCGAGCUCGCAGAUCGACAGACGAAGGUCCCGCAUAGCACGCGCAAGCAAUCGACAGUCGUUUCCGGGGUCUCUCUCCUCGCCAGCUCAAUCCCACUCAAUAACACCGAAUGCCCACAGAUUAUCUUCGGUCGACUCCAAGUCUGCAACGCAAUACCGGCGGACAUCGCACCUGCCCUCUCCUACUCUCGGCGCCAGAGGGCAGCGAGAGCAAUCACCUCUCUCCCCCGCUAACGUGCUGGACACCCCGCGAACCCGCCACCUCAAUCUCUCGCCUCAGGCAUCAUUUUCUAGGUCGAAGGACCAGGAGCCUGCUUCACAUCAAUUUCUGUCCCAUUACGGAAAGAGGCGCCCGUCAUAUCCCGAUGCCAUUCAAACUCCACCGAGCCGGACCCAGGCGUAUCGACCUUCGAACCUAUACUACUCCUCCUCGCGUGACAAUGAAGAGACAGUUCAUAUCGACACACCCGAAGCCACCAAUCAAGCGUACUCCCGUGCUAAUGACACAGAGUCUCUUGAUUCGACCGGUCCUCCCGCGUCGGUGUGGGAUGAAUUGGAUGACCUAAAGUCCAGGAUUCGAAAAAUCGAAAUGGGAGGCAAGAUACCCUCGACCUCUGCCGCUGUGGUGUCAAAUGCCUCUGGGGAGCGACCGAGAACUGCUAACACCUCUGUAACCACUGUGUCAUCAUCUCCAAAGCAUUAUCGAAAAACUAGUGGUUCGCCAUCUGAGUCCACGGUUGGAGCUAAUGGACCAACCAAAGUUCACCCGAUCCUGAAAGAUGCCCUUGCCAAGGCCAAGCAACACCUUUCGCCUUCAGUCUAUCGUGCACUUGAAGCAACAGCAUCCGAGGCUUUGGAAUUGGCAGAGUUAACCGGCAGCGCAGGCCCGCAAGGUACCCUCUAUUCUGCAAGCUCGAUCAUAAACGGCGCCUCGGUACCAGAUCGACAGGUUCGCCGCAAGGCUGACAGUAUUUGUCGCAGCCUAACGGAGCUUUGCAUUGCGCUGUGCGAGAUGAAACCUGGUAUUGCGAGCCCGGCUAUCAGAUCUGCAACGGCAGCAAACUCACGGCGCCCGAGCGUCCAAAUCAACGGCGAGUCUCCGCAGAUACAUUCGAGUAUUGAACCAGAAAGCAACGUGUUGCCUCGUUCUAGUCCUAGCAGGGCGCUUAGCCGAAUCGAAGCUCGGAGGAGCAGCUUGCUUGGACUCAAUGGCAGCCCGCGGGAUUCCAGUCAAGAGCCACCGACUCCAUCACAGUCGCAUAUUCCAUCCCGGUUAGCACGUGCGGGUACCAGUUUACAUCGAACCCGCCGUACUGUUGAUGAUGAAGAUGAAGACCCCACUCUCCGAGCACCAUCUCGGGCAAUGACUGAUUUCCGGGACCUCCGUCCAGCAAAUAAGCCCGCGAACCGAUUCACUAGGGAGUACACUUCUCGAGAACCGAUGCCAGAGCUGCAACCGUCACCCUCGAUUCAACAGACGUCGUCGCUUCGCCGACCAACUGUGACAGGCAUAACGAACGAGAAUAAUCAUCUCCUUUUUCGCGACAACAACCGACGGUACUUGGACAGACAGAGUUCUCCUGCUUAUGAGAAGCAGAUAUCAACUGACGUUAGGAGCAGGACCCUGCCGUACAACUCGAAGAGGUCGUCAAUGCCAGCCUCGGGUCUUGGUCGGACUGGAAGCCUGAACAGGCGUCUUCGGAGUAACGGUGCUGGAGAGUGAGCUGUGGGGAAGAUAAAAGUUAUACCCCGUUUAGGGACGAUUGUAAUGAUAUACCCAACCUCCUUCUGAAACACAGCAACGAUUAUCUCGACUCAAAGAAGAACACUCGAAUGGCUUGGUAGCCCUUGAACUGCCUGAGCCAAUUACACGCGCCCAUCGAGGGCCGCUU